AUGGCUGCUUGGGGUAAGAGAGCUAAUGGUGUCCAAGGUUUCGGGGCGUCCUCCUCCUCCUCGGGUUUUGGUGGGGCGGCGGGCAAAGAGAAAGGGAUCCGGAUCUUGGAUGUUGCGGCGCCGGAGAUCCCGCGGCGGCGGUGCGGGUUAUCUUUGGGGGUAGAUGAUGGUGGGGUGGGGGUGGUGAGGGAGGAGGCGGCGGCGCCGGCGCCGCCGGCGCUCGCGAGGGCGCGGGGGUGCGACGUGUAUGUAGGGUAUGGGGGCGGUGGCGCGGCGGCGGUGGAGCGGUUCGUGGUGUGGCUGUGCGCGGAGAUGGAGGCGCUCGGCGUGCGCUGCGUGGCGGCGGACCGGAGCCGGUGCCGCGACGCGCCGUCGCACGCGGCCGCGCGCGCUGCGAUGGACGUCGCGGUGGCCGGCGUGGUCGUCGUCGCACCAGCGUCGCUGGGGAACCCCUACUGCCUGGAUGAGAUCCGGGCGUUCGUGGAGCGGGGCAGGCUCGUGCCGGUGUUCGUCGGGCUCGGCAAGGGCGACUGCCGCGCGGACGACGUCGUGGAGGGGAACAGCCACCUGUGGGGGAGGUUCGGAGGCCACCUGUGGAAGGUCUACGACGGCGGCGAGCGGGAGUGGAGGGAGGCGGUGGACGCCCUGUUCCGGGCGGAUCCGGCCGUGGAGGUGGACGCCGGGAACCAGAGGCACCGCCUGAUCGACCUGCUCGAGAUCAUCGGAUCGAGGCUUGGGCGCCGCACGGUGGCCGAGACCAUCCGGUCAUGGCGCUCGGCGGACGCGGUGCAUCGUGAGCUUCCCUUCCCCCGCAACGCCUGCUUUGUCGGAAGGGAGAGGGAGCUGCUCGACCUCGAGUCUAUCCUCGGCGGCGAUAAGGCUACCGGGAAGAGACCGACGCAUCUGGUCGAGGUCGAGGUGUUCGGCGAGGCGGCGUUCAUGGACGGCAUCGCCUGCAUCUCCGGCCCGUCCGGCUCUGGGAAGACGGAGCUGGUGCUGGAGUACGCGCACCGGCACGCCAUGGAGUACAAGAAGGUAUUGUGGGUUUGUGGCGAGGCGAGGUACCUGCGCAUGGGGUACCUCAAGCUCGCCGACCAGCUCGGCCUGGCCGUCGGCGACGACCUAUCGCUCAUCGCCGCCGGUGACAGGAGCAGCAGCGGCAGAAAGGAGUGGGUCUUUCGUGGCAUCGAGGGCGACGCCAUUGCCAAGAUCAAGAAGGAGCUCUCGCGUGAGAUCCCCUACCUCCUCGUCAUCGACAACCUCGAGAGCGAGACGGACUGGUGGGACAGCCGCGACGUGCAUGAGCUCCUUCCUGGCGUUGUCGCCGGCGCCGCUGCGCGCAGCCAUGUCAUCAUCACGACGACGCGGCUGCACCGGCUGCAGAGGGUAAGAACGUUCUCGCUUGCGCCAUCCCUGGCGGCGGAGGAGGCCAUGCUGCUGAUGACGAACAAGGGAGCUCUCGAGUUUUGCGGCGAGGACGCCAUCGCCCUGAGGUCGAUCGAGCAGAAGGUACGUGGCGUGCCUCUCGCCCUCGCACUCGUCGGCGCGAUCCUGUCCGAGCUUGCCGUCGAGCCGGCCGAGCUCCGGCGAGCGAUGAACGACGCGUCGUACCGCGCGCCGACGUGGGAGGAGGCAGACGAGCCGGCGCUGCGGGACAACCCAGGCCUGGUGCAGCUGCUCGACGUGUGCUUCGCGCUGCUGGACGAGGAAAAGGACGGCCUCGGCGCGGCGGCGGCACGGAUGGUCGAGACCAGCGGCUUCUUCGGUCCGUCACCGAUCCCGGUGGCCUUGCUGGCGGCGGCCGCCGGCGGCGAGCCGAAGAGGCGGCUAUGGAAGCAGAUGAAGCUCGCGCUGCGCCUCUCAUGCUCCUCCCGGAGAGCGUCCAAAGCAGCAUCCGGCCGCCGCGCCUCCGCCGAGCCGGAGCCGCUGGUGGCGCUGCUGCGGCUCGGGAUCGCACGGCGGUGCACGCGGGCGACAACCGUCUCCGUGCAACGCGUGUUCGCGCUCUUCGGCCGCAAGAUCGUCGGCUCCGGCCAGGAGGCCGCCCGCCGCGCCGUCCGCGCCGUCGCGGCCCUUGCUUCCGUGGAGGAGCACGCCGAGCACGCGUGGGAGGCGUGCCUGUCGGUGUUCAAGUUCGCGCCGGCCGUCGCCAUCGACCUGCCGACGAAGGAGCUCCCCCAGUUCGUGACGCGCCUCGCCGUGCCGCUCACGGCGCACGGCGUGACCGCGUACUCGUCGUACGCCGCCGUCACCGACCUGCUCGUGGAGGCCGCCGACGCAGUCCGCGCCGAGGAGGAGAGGUUCGUGGCGAGCGGCAGCGUCAACCUGGACCCGCCCCUGUACCACGAGCUUGCACUGUCCAGGGCAGAGCUGAUGAAGAUGCGUGCCAAGCUCAUGCUCCGAGGGGGCGAGUUCACGCUCGCCGAGAACCACAUCUUGACGGCGAUCACCAUCCUGGACGUGGUCUCCGGCGACGAUCACCCAGAGACGCUGGCGGCAAGGGCGACUUUAGACCACAUUCUGCAGGUUCAGCCGGAGUAA